AUGCCGAAGGUGAAGCGACAAAGAACGAAAUAUCACUAUUCCAAAUCUGAUGAUGGCGUGGAGGACAUUGAUGCGCCUAUGGACUAUGGACUGGCGGAUCUCAUGAGUGAGUUGAACAAGGAAGAGGGCCAGGGAUCAGACGUGACAGUGGAGGCGAAAAAGGAAGCGGACGUGAAAGACGAGGUAGUAGUGGGCAAGAAGAACAAGAGAAUGAAUCGCCGCAACCAAUGGCUAAAAAAGCUGGGGGCCAUUCACUCUAACCAGCUGGAACAGAAAGCAGCAGCUAAACGACGGAAAACUGUUGUUGUCGGUGAUGUCAGGCCGCUGCAGGAUGCGUUGGACGAGGUGGCUCAAAUAUUCACAGAUCCUGGCACCACGAAAGAGAAGGCAGAAAAGAACCUGCAGCGGCAGGCUAAAGUUGUAUCCAGAAAUAAACGCCAAAUGGUUCUCGCCGAUGAGUGCAAACGAUUUCAAGCAGUGCUGGGGAAUCAACAGUUCAAAACCGACCCUCUGAAGGCAAUCAGUCGGUGCCUGCAGUCGAACAUGACAACAAGUAGCUGA